AUGGACAAACUGAGUGAGAACAAUGCGACCGUGGUGAACAGCUCUUUAGACAAGUGGCGAUUCAAUGAACGCGGCUCGUACCAACACCUGGACCCCGGGGAGCUGAGGGUCCUGGUGCCGGCUAUUCUGGGAGUUAUCUGUGUCCUGGGUGUGGUUUGUAACCUCACUGCGAUGGUCAUCUUGUUCUCCAACGCCCAUAAGGGCAAACUAUCUCUCAUCAACUCCCUCAUCUUCAACCUAAUGUUUGCUGACGGGCUGGUGCUGGCUUUCACGGUGCCUUUCCGAGCCGCCUCCUACUCCAAGGCCAGCUGGAGUCUGGGCUGGGUGGUGUGCAAGACGGCCGACUGGUUCUUCCAGUCCUGUAUGGCGGCGAAGAGCUUCACUGUGGCGGUCAUGGCCAAGUCGUGCUACCGUUACGUGUCCAAUCCCUCCAAGCAGGUGAGCAUCCACCUGGGCUCCAUCCUGGUGGUGCCCUUCUUCAUCUGGCUGUGCGCCUGCUCUGUCACCGUCCCUCACUGGCUGUUUGCAAAGCUGCAGAGGGGGAUCCGCGGGCUGGUGUGUGUGCUGGCGGUUCCUCCUGAAGCCCGGGAUUUCAUGACUGUGUACGUCAAAGCGUACCCCCUGGGAGUCUACUGUGCCCCUCUCAGCUUUGCCCUGAUAUAUUUCUGGAGGGCUUACGGCCAGUGCCAGCGCCGCUCCAGUAAGACUCAGAACCUGCGCACACAGAUCCGAUCCAGAAAGCUCACCUUGAUGCUGUUCAGCCUGACCGUAGCCAUGGCCAUCCUCUGGCUUCCACAGUGGGUAGUCUGGGUUUGGGAGCGACAUUUGGCUGAGAAAGACAUUGGAGGAGCUCGCCCCAUCAUGUCUCCUCCUCCUCUUCUUCUGAUCCUCUCUGCUCAGCUGUUAACUUUUUCUCUGUCUCUGGUGAACCCUCUCAUCGUCCUCUCCCUCUCAGAGGAGUUCAGAGAGGGGUACCGAGGUCUUUGGAGGCGGCUCACCCUGCGCAAACAACCUCCACCAAAGCCAAAGCCCGGACCUCACAAUCCUACCACUCUCAAGUCGCCUUGCCCCAGACCAGAGACCUCAGGCCAGCACAGGGAGGAAAGGAGCCUUCAAGAAGUAGAUAAGGCGAGCCUCAAAGAUGGGAUUGUGUUGCCAGAUGUGGAGCAGUUCUGGAACGAGAGGGAGACUGGCUCGCACGCAGAUGAAAAUGAUCCUGUGCCGUGGGAGCACCAGAACAAAGAGGAGAACAAGUAA